AUGAUGUCAUCACCACAUCCAUAUCUUUACCACAAUUUUCAACCUUUAUAUGCCGACAAUUUUAGCAAAUUCUCUACCUAUCUCUCUCUUCUCUUGGAGAAAAAAUGGAGAUAUCGGUUGCAUCGGUAACCAUUUCAGUAGCUAUAGCUGUUGUGUCGUGGUGGAUAUGGAGAACUUUACAGUGGGUUUGGUUUAAGCCAAAGAUGCUUGAGAGUUACCUGAGAAGACAAGGUCUUGCCGGAACUCCUUACACACCUCUUGUCGGCGAUUUAAAGAGGAAUUUCAGCAUGCUGGCUGAGGCAAGAUCCAAACCCAUCAAUCUAACAGAUGAUAUCACACCUCGUAUCGUGCCUUAUCCCUUGCAAAUGUUCAAGACUUACGGGAGAACUUUCUAUACAUGGCUUGGACCCAUACCAACAAUCACCAUAAUGGAUCCUGAGCAAAUCAAGGAAGUGUUCAACAAAGUUUAUGAUUUCCAGAAAGCACAUACGUUCCCUUUGGCCAGAUUAAUAGCCGCUGGACUCGUUAGUUAUGAUGGUGAUAAAUGGGCGAAACACCGAAGAAUCAUCAACCCGGCUUUCCACCUUGAGAAGAUCAAGAACAUGGUACCUGCGUUCCACAAGAGCUGCAGCGAGAUCGUUGGCAAAUGGGACAAGUUGGUGUCAGAAAAAGAGUCGUCCUGUGUGGUGGAUGUUUGGCCUGGGCUUGUGAGUAUGACUGCAGAUGUGAUCUCUCGUACUGCUUUUGGCAGCAGCUACGUAGAAGGGCAGAGGAUAUUUGAGCUCCAAGCGGAAAUAGCACAGCUCAUCAUACAAGCUUUUCGGAAAGCUUUCAUCCCUGGAUAUCGUUAUCUCCCUACGAAGGGUAAUAGAAGGAUGAAAGCAGCAGCUAGAGAAAUCCAAGUUAUACUGAGAGGGAUUGUUACCAAAAGGCUUAAGGCAAGAGACACUGGGGAAGCACCGAGUGACGAUUUGCUGGGUAUACUUCUUGAAUCGAAUUUGGGACAAACGAAAGGAAAUGGAAUGAGUAUUGAGGAUGUGAUGGAGGAGUGCAAAUUGUUCUAUUUCGCCGGGCAAGAGACAACAACAGUACUUCUGGUUUGGACAAUGGUUCUGUUAAGCCAACACCAAGAUUGGCAGGCUCGUGCACGAGAAGAAGUGAAGCAAGUUUUUGGCGAUAACGAACCUGAUGCGGAAGGCCUAAACCAGCUCAAAGUUAUGACAAUGAUACUAUAUGAGGUCCUAAGGCUAUAUCCUCCAGUAACUCAGCUGACCAGAGCCAUUCACAAAGAGAUGAAGCUCGGCGACUUGACACUACCAGGCGGCGUUAACAUCAGUCUACCUAUUCUUCUAGUCCAACGGGACACCGAGCUGUGGGGAAAUGAUGCAGCGGAGUUCAAGCCGGAGAGAUUCAAAGACGGCCUCUCAAAGGCAACAAAGAGCCAAGUCUCAUUCUUCCCUUUUGCAUGGGGACCGAGGAUCUGCAUUGGCCAGAAUUUUGCACUGCUUGAGGCAAAGAUGGCAAUGGCACUGAUUCUACAGAAAUUCUCCUUUGAGCUAUCUCCUUCCUAUAUUCACGCGCCUUACACAGUCAUCACCAUUCACCCACAGUUUGGUGCUCCUCUAAUCUUGCACAAGCUAUAAUCCUAUAACCCCUUGUGUUGUUCUCAAAUAAACUUUCCACACACAGAUGAUACGAUACGAGUCCAGGUCAUAAUACAAAACUCAAACUCUUAUUUGAGUUUAGAAGUGAAAACUUGUGAUUCUAAAGGAACAAAUCUCAGUUGUGAAA